UGUAACUUGAAUCAUAUUAAUGCAAAACCUAUAAAUGAAAUAGAGUACCUACUUCUAAAUCCAUUCGUUUGAAUUCAUUACUUAAACGUGUUGUGUUUAGUUAUUAAAUUAAACUUUUUUCGGAUUUGGUUUGAUUCGAUUAAAGUGCUAGGUGUAAACUUACACAAUUUCUUAAAGAAUAAUAUAUGUUUAAUAACAAAUUAUUUUUAAAAUGAAUAACGAAGAUCAUAAAAUUUUGGCUCACAGGCAGCAUGUUAAAUAUUUUAUGCGAUUUUUAAAUAUUUUACCUUCAUCACUAUCAUCUCAUGAUACAACGAGGGUUACUAUAGCAUACUUUUCAGUAUCUGGACUAGAUGUCUUGGGCUCCAUUUCAUCAAUAUCAAUCGAACUUCAAAGAAGGAUAGUAGAUUGGUUAUAUCAAUUGCAAGUCCAUCCCGACAAAGAUACUGGUGACAUGUCCGCAUGUGGCUUCCAAGGAUCAUCGACGGUGAACAUUGAUUUAAGUUCGGAAAAUAAAAUGUACCGCUGCGGCCACCUUGCAAUGACGUACACGGGUUUAUGCGUGUUACUGGCUUUGGGAGACGAUCUUUCAAGGCUUAAUCGUAAAGCAAUAGUGGAAGGUGUAAAAGCAUUGCAAACAAAGGAAGGUAACUUUUCAGCUACACUUUCAGGCUGUGAAUCUGAUAUGCGUUUUGUGUAUUGUGCUGCUUGUAUAAGCUAUAUACUCAACGAUUGGUCUGGCUUCAGCAUAAAGAGGGCUACAGAUUAUAUUAUAAAAUCUAUAGGUUAUGAUUAUGGAAUCGCCCAAUGUCCGGAGCUGGAAUCUCAUGGAGGAACCACAUUUUGCGCUCUAGCAACACUAAGCUUAACAAAUCAAUUAGACCAACUAAGUGAAGAGCAAAUAGAAGGUCUUAAAAGGUGGUUGUUGAUGCGUCAAAUAGAUGGGUUCCAAGGAAGACCAAACAAACCAGUUGACACAUGUUACAGUUUUUGGGUUGGAGCUUCCUUAAAGAUUUUGGACUCCUUGAAUCUAUCCAACUUUUCCAAUAACAGAAAUUAUGUGUAUGAAACUCAGGAUUGUGUGGUUGGCGGCUUUUCAAAAUGGCCGGACACUUGUACCGAUCCAAUGCAUACAUAUCUAGGAUUGGCUGGCUUGAGCCUCAUAGGCGAGAGUGGUUUGUUAGAAAUAGUACCCACAUUGAAUAUAACGAAACGUGCUCACGACCAUUUGAAAUCAUUACACGAACAAUGGGCGGGCGGAUCAUAGCUUUAAAUAUACGUGAAGUUGGUCCUGGUGUUGCCAUAUCAAAAAAUGUUACAUUAAUUUUGGCGGCAUCGUUUCGCUUACAAUGAAAAUUUUGCCUGAAGUUGUUAUUGUAUUGCCACCGUUGCUGUUAUAUUUUGCGUGGUUGUUAGUACUUAAAGAGUUUAGGUAAUUAGGUGCUAAAUCAAUAUUUAUUAAGUGUUAUAUGAUAGAUUUUUUUACGUAAAACAACGACAUCGUCAUUUUAUUCUAUUUUUAGAAAGCGGGAACGUUGAGAAGUAGUUAUGAAAGUGUUAAAAAUGGGUUGAGUCGUCAUAAUCUAUUUGUGUCAAUUGCAUAUAUGCUAUUCUGAACCUUUAGUUAAAGAAGAACGUUUAUUCGAGAAUGAUCUUCCGAGCGGAAAGGCUUCCUAUGCCAUUGACAUUUUUCUGGAAAUUUACACUGGCACCCUGAUUGAUAUGUUCAAAUAUGUGGAUGAUGGAAUUGAUUAAUAUCAAAUUACUUUUAUUGUUCUUCUUUAAAAGAAAAUUAAUCCUAAAAUUACCGUUUCUGUCGUAAUAUCGAUUGUAAAUCGCUGUACAGGCUCCUUGCUUUCCUAAUAAGUAUUGCAAAUAGCAUUAUUUUCACUUAUAAUUGUUAUUUUCAAAUUAACUCGCUUUUUAUUAAAAUAGAGUAAAAUUUAUAUAGAUUAUGCAUUUAAUAUGGUGCCAUUCUUGUGUUUUUAUGGCAAAAUUUUCGAUAGUUAGGUAUUUACUGCACAAAUUUUAAUCAUAAAUUUAUCUAUUUUGGUAAAGAUGAAGAUACACACAGAAACUAUAGAAAAACGCACAGGGUGACUUCAAUUACUAUUUAUAAUAUUAUUUUAAGUAACGAUAUUCAAGAUUGAUUGGAAAUUUAGUUUAUUUGCUAAGCCAACAUUGUUUCGUUUUAUAAAUAUAAAUUUACAAACAGAAUUCAAAUAGCUAAUAGUUUAUAAUUACAGAUUGUCUUCAGGAUUUAUCUACUAAACUCGUUCUUUCAGAUGGAAUUUUAGCGGAUUAACUUACAGCCGCACUUGCAAAAGGAAUAAAAUUGUACAAAAAUUCUCUGUUUAGCUUGAUUGUAACGCGAAGUAUAGUGAACUUUAUAACAUCAAAAAUGUACAAAAAUCCUUAUAUGGACUUGGGUGUAUAUAUAUUAUAUUAUAGUAAAUAUGAAACAGGAUAGUAGCUACAUUUUACCACAAAAAGAUCAAAUUCAUAGGUAUUAUCAUAACGAAUUUCUUUAUCGUAAUAACAGUAGAAAUUUGUUUUUAAUACAGCUGUUAUUGGCCGAUAUAUUGAUGUACAUGCGAAGCUGUGGCCAUAAGCUAGUUAUAACCAGAUCAAUUAGAUAUUUCGUUCGUUUCGCAAAAGAAUGCGAGUGAUUAAAUUGACUGUAUAAGUUUUUUAGAAAUGAAAUUCAUACCAUUUUUUUAUUAUUAAUUUUUUACGGUCAUCCCACAUCAUACAAUUAAUCACAAUUAAACUAAAUGGUUUACAAAUAUCAAAUUUAUGUUCUGAUAUAGUGGUGUUUUCUGAAUCUUGAAUUUGUGAUAAGAGUUUUGAUAGCAGAUUGAUUUCAACACUAGCGGUCCGCUCCGGCUUUGCACGUGGUACAUAUAGUCUAUAACACUCAGGGUACACCUACAUAUCCUACGGUGAUGAAUAUAUUUUAAGCCGUUGUGCCUGAGAUUAGCGCGUUCAAACAAACAAACAAGGAAAUAGAUUUCUCGUCACAGAUAACAGAGUAAGAAAAUAACAAUAAUUCCUAUAGACAUGAGUGCUUUUAUUUAGUUGUGGAAAUAGUCACUUCUAGUCGUAAACUCGGAUAAUUUAGCUGUGUAUAACGAUACAAUAUUUUAUAUCAAAGCAAUAUUUCUACGAAAUUUUUUUAAUUUUAUCUAUAUUCCUACAAGUAAUAAUAAAAAUUCUGUACUGUCCAAUUAUGUAAAAAAUCUAGAAGAUGCUUAUCUCAAAUUAUUAUUAUAAAAAAUAGUGCAGUAUUAUGUAAUUUCUUUUCCUAAAAUUUUAUUUAUUUCUAGCGUUUCAAUAGAUGAAAACAAACAGUCAUUGUAUAGGUUCAUGAUAAUGUAUUUUUAUUAUAUUAUAAUAAAAAUAAGCAUUUUAACAUAUGAAGUGGCCGAAAUUAUAAAUGUUUUCAAGUUAAAA